AACGAAUCCGGCAACAAUCGAGAAAGCUUUACAUUCUUCCGUGGAAAACAAGUGCCUCGACAAGUGUUGAAACCAUAUACUGUUUGUAUACUGGAGUAGGAAAAACGAGAAUUUCCCAAAUAAAACGAUAUGAUUUAUUGCGCCACGCCUAUUCUAUACCUGAACAUGGGAGGAGAGAUGCUGUACGUGCUGCAGCAGAGAUUGCAAGCGCAGAAGAUCAGUCCCGAAAAAACGACUCAAGUGAUAAACGACGUGACGGGCGCCCUGCUGAAUCCAAAGCAAUUGGAGGUAGUGUUCGAUCGAGGGCCUCUGAUGAGGCUGGCGUGGCUGCGAACGAGCCUCGAACGCGUCGCUCUCUGCUCGAUAAUGAAGCUCGACGACAACAGCAGCAACAAAUUGUUCGACCUCAUGAUCAUGAUGGUGAAGUACCAGUUGGCCACGGCCACGGGGCCUCGUGAAGUCAUACUCUCGACUCUGAACCACCUCGACGCCAUACGCGACAUGGUCAUGGACAAGAAGCUGCGCGGUUACGUUGACAAUGCCCAUCGGUACAUCGUCGAGACUUACGGUGGUAUGACCUACAAGGAGAUCUGGAGUAUAAGGGACGAUUGCCUGACGGAGAUCCAGAGCCACUGCGUUCGCGUUUCGAUGCUUUUGAAGCUUGGCAUGCAAAACGAGGACACGAGCUUCAAUCGGCUCAUCCAGAGGUACAACGAAAAGUACCAGGAGCGCCGCGAGGUGCUGGAGAAUUUCAAGCUGCUCGACUACUCCGAAGACGAGAACGUCAUGGGCUCGCUGUCCUUUUGCGGCAAUCGCGUUACUCUGUUGGGGAGGAACAUCUACUUACCAACUUUCGGUCUCGUGCCCAACAUUAGGCUGACCCGCAGCUUGCACCAUGAUCACCAUCAUCCGAUUGUGGAGGUGAGCAACAAAUCGAUGAGGCAAGAGAUCGAAACACUAGCCAAGCAGCUCGGCAAGGAGGACACGCCUCCCAUGCGACCCUUCAGCUUGAAAUUGUUUGGACACGAUGACAGAGCUGCAAUGGAUUGCUGCACUCCCGACGAAUCGGCCGUUCAUUCGUCCAACAAGGAUGAGGAUGGGAACUUGGUGAGCAAGGCGACUCGGGACAUCGAAGCUUACAGGACGAAUCUGAUCACGAGUAUCGAUACCGACUUCGCGGACGUAGAGCAGUCGCCCAGACCUCAGGAAAUGGAUAUUAUGAACAUGUUGGAUGCUGUGUGAUUU